AUGCCUGCGCAGGACCUUGCUCCACCUCCUCCAGCUUUUCCUGAGCGCCCAGAUUUAUUCAACGAGGUGGAAUGGGGCCCAUUCCCAACGGACCAGCAUAUAAGACUGGCAUAUAAGCUGUGGUAUCUGCAAGAUGGUCGCGUUAAGACUGAGAGGCUAUGGCGAGCUUCUGAUCCCCCGUUGGGACCAGAGGAUGACCAUCCCGAUACUUGCCUUGCUCGGAACGUGUACGAAAGUUUAAUGCAAAGUUAUACGUUACCUCCCAAUCGGCAGCAACAAGACAUUUAUGCUCAAUACAGGGAGCGGGAAUAUUGUGUAUCAGGUGCCAGCGACCAGGAACUUGGAAGUGAGAGAGCGCAAGGAUGGUCUUACCUGGAAAUAUUUGGUUCUCCGGACCGCACCAAUAUCGAUGAGCCGCCAACCAAAAUAGAGGUUUCCGGGCUGGACAUCAAUAGCUCUCGCUGGAGGAAAGCCGAUCUGCAACACCAACUUCGAAUUAGACGCCUGGACACCAAUGGCACGGUUGCGGAGUUGAAAGAACGCCUCUACAACUAUGAACGUAAGGAUAUGAUGCUGCGGGCUAUGGAUAUUGAUAUGGGAAGCCUACUACCUCGACAAGAUUUACCAGAAUGGGGCCUUCCUCGUCAAGAUGAUUUUAUGCUGAAAAUAUCAACCCAGGCCACAUUUUCUCCAGUUGAAAUGUAUACAUGGGCGAUUUUGCUCAGCCCAUAUAACCCCGCAUACUGGACCAGCAGAGCUUACCUCCACUAUCAGAUGGGUUAUUUUGACCUCGCUCUCGGGGAUGCUUACCGCGCGCAGUUACUAUGCGAUGUUCUGGUCAAUCCAUUGGUCCGGAAUUCACAACCUGGGCUCUACGCUCGUACCUGGGACGCCAUUGAACGCCAUAUCCUCCAAAUCAGGCGAGAGACAGAAGAGAUCGCGUCAGAAAUAUGGAGACUUCGGGAUGUAAAUGGCGUCAAUUCAUUUAUACCCCAUGUUCGGAAAACGCUCCAUCAUAUCAUUUGCCUCAGCUUGCUUGCCCUGCAGUGCUGGGAGGAUUAUCAUAAUUUCGAGAAUGAAUUAGCCAAGCGACUUACAAUGCAAGACCGUGAUAACUGGGCGAUUGAUAGACGACACAAGUUGGUGGAAAAUUUCGUGAGCGAUGUCUUGAAAGAGAAGCGGGCAGACCCAAGGGAGUUCCUAUAUGAAAGCCAUUAUGGCCAUGCUCGCGGGGCCGUUUACCCGUACUGCACCGUGACGGACCGUACAACGAAGAAGGUGCUGGGGAGAAUCAAUGAAGAAAUUAUAGGGAGGUCACAGGCAGCCCAGCUUGGCCCUGUGAAAAUUGAAGUUAGGAAGAAGGACGACGACCAAUUAGGUAUAUUCGCUACCGAAGAUAUUCUAGCCGGUGAAACUGUCUACGCUGAUGAGCCUUCCAUCAGGGGCCAUCUCCACGAUUUCCAUGGCCCAAAGGAAUACCGGUGCGAAAAUUGCAAUCGAAAGAUUGAUCCAAUCUACAACAGCGAUAAAGCACGAAGCUUUAUCAAGGAGAAUCUAGCCAAAGUACGAGCUGUUGGGGUCGCGUGCGAGUGCUCAUUGGUGGAAUCUGAGCGUCUAUAUUGGUGUCCUCCUCCAGAGCAAGGCGAAGAAAGCAGUGAAGGCAGUGGUACCUCGUCAACAUCCUCCCAAAUAACACCGAGCACUCAGCCACGCACCCGGAAACGAUCUGUCGAAGCGGACGAGGAGGAUGAGAGUGAAGAGCAGCAGGCAAAGAAACCAAAAAGAACCCUUCAUCACGGGACCAUUUUGAGUCUGAUGCUUCGAGAAGUCUUCGACAUUACCCUCCAGAGGCGACAUACGGAUGGGAAGCCGAAUCUCCUCGCUUAUGAGAUUGACGAGUUGUUUCCACUUAUGGGAGCAGACAAGCAAUGUGAAAAGCACUUAUUCCCAUUCUCCUACGCAGCAAAUAUCAGGGUCCCUUUUGAUAUUCUACAGUGUCUCGGAGUGGAUAUCUUCCGAGAUUUGACCUUUGACACUUGGGUCAUUCAGCUAGUGCUCCGGAAACUGCUUAUCAACGCAGUUCCGUGGGACCUAGAACGCCGCGCACAGGAUACGGUUGACACACCGGAGAGCAAGGAGCUUCGUCGAAGCGGACUGCGUGGGCUACCGAGGGACAAAUACUCCGAGGCCAAUCCAACCAUCAGAAAUUUGUAUAUCUUUCCCGGAGUGUCAUUGUUCAACAGCACUUGUCCAGAUCAGCACAAUGUGAACUGGGACUGGGACCUCUCAGUUCCAAACCGCAUGACGCUCUGGGCGUCAAGGGAUAUUGAAAAAGACGAGGAGCUCUUUAUUCCAUAUGUUCCAAUGAAGAUUGAGGAGGACUUCGCACAACGAAUGUUUGGUGUUAAUUGUCAAUGUAGAAGAUGUUACUAUCGCCCAACGCUACGUGAGUUCCAUCGGAGUCUGAGGCCAUACGGUGAUUCUAGCAGCGAAGAAACCGAAGACGCCCCCGACCAGGAUUCAAAGGGUGACGAUCAGGACAACACAACCGACGGGAAUGGUGAUGGAAGCAAAAAAGACUCGUUGUUCGGGAGGGAAGAAACGUCUUCAGAACCGUUCCCUACCCAGCGAGCUAUGACACCAAAACCAGAGGAUGAAGGGGAAUACGAUGAGGCUGACUUCCAAUCAUCAGAAGUCGAAGUCAAAGAGCAUUCAGGCGAACCCUUCACUGAGUCACGCGUAGCCUAUCACGCGGAUGAACUAAGAACAGCUCUGAAGGAAGCAGUAGAUAAGCUCCCAAGAAGUAGAAGAGCAACUACCAAACCAAGCUGA